AUGUCGCUUACUACGUUAGAUGAAAAUCAUUUGUAUUUUUCUACUGAGUUACCGGAUAUUGCAGAUGACUUAUAUUAUUCGGUAAAAGGGGACUUUUUAGAGUUUAUUAGGAGAGCUAGUGCUCAAGAUCCAUUACCACCAGCCCCAUUACCAACACCCGGUGCUCAGCCUACUAGCAAUUCUUACUUGACGCGUAUAGAACUACCGAAGUUUACAGGAAAAUAUUCCGAAUGGGAAAAUUUCCGUGAUACAUUUCGCUCUCUUGUGCAUAGAAAAAUUGAUUUCGACAACAUUAUCAAGUACCACCAGCUGCGAGUUCAUUUGAGUGGUGACGCUUUCGAUAUAAUUAUAUCUGUUUCUUUGGCAGAGGAUCAAUAUCCAUUAGCUUGGCAAACUCUACUUGAUUAUUAUGAUAGUCAGCGUCGCCUUGUAACUAAUUACUUAAAUCGUUUGAUAACUUGUAAACCCAUGAAGUCGGACUCCUGUUUAGAAUUGAAAGGCAUUAGUAAGGAGAUGAUUAGCACAAUCGAUUCAUUAAAUGCAUUAGGCCGUGAUUUAGGCACAGGGGAUCUCUAUAUUGCUCUAACAGUUAGUAAGUUUGACAUCACAACUAAUAAAGAUUGGAUUAGUUCAAACCCUAAGCCACCACUUUCGAAACCUGUCCCGAAGGCAUCUGCUUCUGUCUCUCAUCAGUCCAAUGUUUCCGAUUCAGCUGAUAGUCAGGGAGUAGUUAAGAAUGUCCUGGUAUGUUCAGAGUGUCAUCAUCAGUUGAAGGAUUGCAAGUCCAAGUAUAGUUGUCUUAAUUGUAAGAGAAGGCAUCAUACCCUCUUACAUAUUCCAAAGCCUGUUCAGAGUCAAGAGCCUCAUGAUACUCACUUAAAUUCUAGCAAAGCCAAUUACUCUAAAGGUAGUGACUCUGAGCAGACUUCUCAUCAUACUGAUUCGUCUGUUUCUCGUGGUCUUGGUGUAUUACUGGCUACUGCUCGAGUUUACGUCACUGGACCUACUGGUGUACGUUUGUUAGUUAGAGCUCUUAUAGAUCAAUGCUCGCAGUGUUCUAUCAUAACUGAUUCGCUCUGUGAUAUUCUAAGGCCAAAGCGUCAACACUCGAGUAUUCCCAUCUCGGAAGCAGGUGGUACUUUAGUUGGAGUUGCUAAAGGUAUAGUUAGUUUUAAUGUUCGACCUAGGUUCCCCUCGCAAUUCCAGUUGUUAGUCGAAGCGAAAGUAUUGCCACAGGUUUCGUCGUAUCAGCCUCCUACUAGUCGAUUUAAAUCAAAUUUAAACUAUUUAGACAAUCUUGAAUUAGCCGAUCCUCAAUAUACAAGUUCAGAUAAAAUUGAUUUCAUUUUUGGAGCUGCAGUUCAUGCUCAAAUUGUAGAAGAAGGGGUUAGAAAGGGUAAUACCAAUGAGCCCAUAGCGUCGCGUACUCUACUUGGUUGGAUUCUGUCUGGCUCUAUUGGUUCUGCUAAGCCUUCUUCUAGUUCUCAAUUCUCGCUUCACUGUUCCGAUGAGUCUCAGUUGUUACCUAUGCUUCAGCGCUUUUGGGAAGUAGAAGAGCUCUCUAUUAGGAAGUUAAAAGUAGUUGAUCCUAACAGUUAUCAAAAGUCUCGCGAGGAUUCUAGGUUUUUAUCGUUGUCAAUGAUGGCUAAUUUAGAACGUAGAUUUCACCGAUAUCCCGACUUAUCUACUUUGUACAUAAAUUUUAUGCAGGAAUAUCGAGAUCUAGAUCACAUGUCUACACUGGAUGAUGCUUUAGUCAAAGAGUGUUGGUUCAUGCCGCAUCACGGUGUAAUUGAGAUAUCGAGUACCACCACUAAACUUCGAACGGUCUUCAAUGGCUCUGCCAAGACUCCUGGAGAUAUUGAGAAAAUGUUCCGCCAGAUCUGGAUAAAUGAAUCAGAUAGGAAAUUUCAGUGCAUCUGCUGGCGGUUUCAGUCUUCAGAGCCUAUGCAGAUUUACACGUUAAAAACCGUUACUUACGGUUUCGCUUGUUCACCCUUUUUGGCGUCUCGAGUCUUGAAACAGUUAGCUAUAGACUAUAGUGAGGAAUACCCAAUGGCUUCUUCGGUGUUAAGUAACGAAAUCUACAUGGAUGACGUCCUCUCGGGAGGUCAUACUUUGAAGGAGGCUCUAGACAAAAGAGACCAAGUGAUAAAGGUCACUACUCUUGGUGGUUUCUCGCUACAUAAGUGGUCUGCUAAUAAUUUGAAGCUUUUACACGGAGUGUACACUCUAUUGUUGGCCUACUCGCCUUCGGUUUCCUUGAAACUGAAUAACAUUAGCAUACCUAGAUGGAAUAGUUUCAAUCCGCAAGUUAAUUCGAUUGAUUUACAUGGUUAUGCUGAUUCCUCAAAAUCAGCUUACGCUGCCGUAUUGUACACUCGUAUGGUUCAAGGAGAUCAAGUUAGCGUGUCGCUCCAGUUAGCCAAGACAAAAGUAGCUCCACUAAAAGUUCUAAGUAUUCCGCGGCUCAAACUCUGCGCUGCUCAACUGUUAGCCAAACUUACCCACCUAUUUAGUCUUAAUUCAAAACUAUGCAUCGAUUAUAUUCAUUUAUGGUCAGACUCCAAAGAUGUUUUGUAUUGGUUACACGCUCAACCCUCCAAAUGGCCUACUUUCAUAGCUAAUCGUUGUAGUGACAUUCAUCAGUUAGUUUCAAAUGCUUACUGGCAUCACGUAUCGGGUAAAUUNCUAUGCAUCGAUUAUAUUCAUUUAUGGUCAGACUCCAAAGAUGUUUUGUAUUGGUUACACGCUCAACCCUCCAAAUGGCCUACUUUCAUAGCUAAUCGUUGUAGUGACAUUCAUCAGUUAGUUUCAAAUGCUUACUGGCAUCACGUAUCGGGUAAAUUAAAUCCAGCAGACAUUGCCUCUCGAGGUGUCUUGCCAUCUCAGUUGAGCAUAGAUUCGGAAUGGUUCUGUGGUCCUAGUUUACUACACGAGCUUCACCCCAAGUAUCGCGACUUUCAAACUCCGUUGACAGUUUCAACUGAUGAAUUAGUUCAUACCGUUAGUCACCAUCAAACUCAAUCAACUUCUACUUGGGAUCUCUACUACCAAUACUCUAAUUUAGAUAAACUAUUACUUUCUGAACUCACGAAUUCUAAAUUGCUAAUGGUCUACCUUCAUCAAACUACUCAUUUCCCUUUAGAGUUAAAGUUGUUAUCAGAAUCUAGUGAGCAAGUAGUUAGUUUACCAUCCAAAACUUCUUUAAUUAAGCUCAAACCAUUUCUUAAAGAUGGUUUGAUUAGGGUUGGGGGUCGUUUGAGCCAUUCUUCGUUAGAUUUCAAUGUUAAAUACCCGUUAAUCCUAGCCUCGAGUGACCAUCUCACCAAAUUGAUAAUAGAACAAGCUCAUAAGAUUACUUUACACGGCGGACCUCAACUAACAUUAAGUACUUGUCGUCGUGAGUAUUGGAUUCUACGUGGUCGUCAAAGUGUUCGCUCUGUUACUACCAAGUGUUUUACUUGUAAACGAUAUUCUGCUGUAACUCCAAGUCAGCUUAUGGCCGACCUGCCUAGCGCUCGAGUCGUACCUUCCGCAGCCUUUCUUAAGGCAGGUGUAGAUUACGCCGGUCCGCUGUCGGUCAGACUUUCUAAAACCAGGGGUAAAGGCACGACUAAAGGCUACGUGGCUGUUUUCGUUUGUAUGAACACUCGCGCUGUUCAUUUAGAAAUAGUUGAAGACUACAGUUCAGAAGGAUUUAUAGCCGCCUUUCAGCGUUUUAUAGCGAGACGAGGUCAUUGCUCGGAUCUUUUUAGUGAUAGGGGCACAAAUUUUGUCGGCGCUGAUAAGGAACUGAGAAGUAAUUGGCUUGAACUUUGCAAAUCGGCCGACCUAAUUCACAAGUUAGAGAUAUUAAAAACCAAUUGGCAUUUCAAUGCCCCAGCCGCUCCGCAAAUGGGGGGUUUAUGGGAGGCAGCUGUCAAAUCAGCUAAGAAACAUUUGAAGAGAGUUGUUGGUGAGCAGGUUUUCACAUUUAUAGAGUAUUUAACAUUACUUUAUAAAAUAGAGAUGGAAGCUUAUAUCGCAAUUAAACCAGAGUUUUUGGCAUCGAUGGUCAGAAGAGUAUUUAACAUCACUGCAAAAAAGGUCAAAGUGGGUAGUCCCGAAGCGUUCGUUUCAGGUGAAUGA